AUGAACACUGAAGCUACUUUUGACUACGACGUUAGGAAGAGCAAGGCACCUGAAUCAGAAAUUAAGAGGGUUGAAGAUGAAGGAGAUGAAACUCAGAACGAUUCGGAGAGUGAAGAUGAGGGAGUAAUUGAGGAGGGCGACAAUUCAGAAGCUGGGAACGGUGAGAAAAAGGAAGACGAUAAUGAUGGUGAAGACGGAAUAAGGGAGACGAGUAAACCUAGGAAUGGCUCGGAUAGUGAGAGCAAUGAAAAUGAUGGGGGGAGUGAAGAUACCAUUCAAGAUAUUGAAAGAGAUGUCCAUGGCGUCGACAAUGAGGAAAAUCGAGCGGUGGAUGACAUCGACAAGAGCGAUGAAGAGGAAGUCAAGGUGGGAGGCGGAAAUAAUGGAGAUGAUAUUCAAAAUGAUGAUAAAGGUGAUGAUCACGAAGUCGAUCCAGAAGAUGGAGACAUCGAACAUUUAAACGAUCAAGAGCCAGACGUUCCGGAGACAAAGAGUACAGAAGCCGACGAACAAGAUGAUGCAAAUGAAGGCGAAGAGAAUGAUGAUACUCGAGAAGAAGACUCGGAAGGCAGAGCGCAGGAUGAUCAAACUCAAGACAACAAUGGGCAAAACGAUUUGGAGGAGGGAGAAAAAGAAGGCGAUCAAAUAGGUGAAGAAGAGAAUAACGGAAACGAAAAUCAAUGGACAACUGGUGAAGAAGGCCAAGAUGGUGAUGACGGGAAAAUUGAUCAAAAAGGGGAAGGGGAUGACAGUGAGGGUGAAUAUGGGGAUAGUAAUGAUCCAGAGGGCCAAGUAGAAAGCAAUCAAGAAGGGAUUCCAGCUGAAGAUAAUCAGGAUGACGAUAAGGCCGAGAUGGGCCAAGAGGGCGAUGGUUUGGAUGAUCAAGAGAGAAAUGAAAGAGAAAAAGAGAAUGAAAAUCCUCAAGACAAUCAAGAAGAUGGUAAUCAGGGUAAUAACGAUGGUGAAACUGAUCAAGACCCAAAUGAAACACAAGGGAAUGAUGCAGAUGAUGAUGAAACGGAGGGAGAUCAGGCAGAAGCAGAUGAUAAAGAGGCGUUGAGCGACUGA